AUUUUUUAUGGAAACAUUGUUUAAGGAAUUUUCUUGAUGGAGUUUCCUAUUUCUUAUGCUCAUCAGGGAUUUUUCUUGCCAUUCAAAAUUUUUUCCUGCGCUUAAUUCAGUUCCCACAACAUUCAAACAGGAUUCUUUGAGGCGUGUUAAGGCAACCUAUAUCCUUACUUUAUUUUGCUUUAUCUCAACCAAUCUUUGCUGGUGAAUUGCUGUCAAAGAGAAAGGUUUCUUUGAUUUCUUGGCUUUUCUAGUUUUUCUCUAGAAAACUACAGUUCAACUGUCUGUUGAGUGUUGAUAUUCCUUUGAAGGGAUUUCUUUUUCUUUAUUUAUUUAUUUAUUUUUAGAUUAUUGGGUACAGAGGCAAUUGAGAGAAUCUUGAGAGGUUUACAAGCUGAGAUUAUCUAUUCAGGGGCUGUGAAGUACUGAGCAAAGAUGGGGUCUUUCAGUGGAUUAGGUAUUGGGUUAAGUCUGGUGUUUGGUUGCCUUCUUUUGGCUCUUGUUGCGGAACUUUACUAUCUGCUUUGGUGGAAGAAGAGAAUUACCGGAGGGGAGAAAAAACAUGAUUAUAGCAAUUAUGCAAAGGGGUUGAUUCAGCUUUUCCGCAGGAAGGUAUCAGCUUCUCUGCAUUCGACCACCACCAAUGGCAGCAAUCAAGAUACUGUCGAAGGCCCAGAUGCCAAUGGUGAUCUUGAGUCAGACCCAGAACUUGGUUCAAGCAAGGAUUCGUUGCUGAAGCCUUUUGCAGGGGAAGAAAGUGUAGAAGCAGAACUCAUGAGGCUAUACAAUCUGGCCGGACCGCCAAGAAAUCUCUUCACAAUUAAGGAGGAAACUAGGGAAGAUUUGGAGUUCGAUGAUGGCAAAUCUAGAAGUGAGAGCAGCAGGAAAGGAUCCAGAACAGGAAGCUUGAUGAGUGAUCUUGUCCUGACCGCUGACAACCCUUAUCUCAGUCCUCUGGCUUCCCCACCUUCAAGGUCUCCUUUGAGUUCUUUCCACUCAUAUCACCACCGCGGAUUCAAUCCUCUCUUUGAAUCAUCAACAGGACCUGAAUUGAAUAUUUUGAAAUCUUCACCUCCUUCAACACUCAAGUUCUUGAAGGAUGCCGAGGAGAAAUUUCUCAGAAGAAUGAAGGAAGAAGCUGAGAAAAGGGCUCAGAAAAAUGGUGGAUCUGUUCAAGAUUCUGAUCCUGUUAAGCCUCCUAACAGUUCAAAACUGGUAGCAGAAGAGAUUGACGGUUCUUUUCUCAAAUUCAUUGUUGGGAAGAACAUUUACCCUACAACAUUAAGCGUGCAGUAAUUUUCAGUGCUCAGUUUUUUUAUUCUUUUCACUUGUCCAUCAAUUCUUCAAGAUAGUUGCUUGAGUAUUAAUUUAAAAGAUACACUUCCUUUUUUUUCAAAAAACCUAUUGAUUUUCAUCCGGGGUUCCUGUAGGAUACUUGACUGCUUCCUAAUUUGGGUAAGAUAGACAUAGUCUUAUAGCCAUCACCAAUCUGCAACUUUUGUUAAGACAAUCUGAAAACCCUGCAGAAUGCAGAUUCAUUGCAAUAAGUUUUCUAGUUCAGAGUGGGGGGACCUGUGGGGGCAAUUCUGUUAUUGCCGCCUCUCAUGUUCUUGUCUCCUUAGCCGAUACAAUAUAGUUAUCAUUCAUUU